UAUUUUCCUGCUUGGAAAGAGAAGACGGAGUAAACGUAAAAAGGAAUCACAGCAAUUGCGAGAGUUUUCAUAAGAAUAUGGCGUUUUCCGUCGUUAUAUAUAAUGGCCGAAGAUGAUUUCUUCGUAAAUAGAACCAAGGUUGGAAUUGUCGAAGCAACCAAAGAGCGAGUACUCCAUUUAUUCCAGGUCGAUUUAGACGUAAUACCCGAUAAUGACAAUGCGAAAGUGCACCUUUCCUCCUCGACUAAUUCACAGGAAAACAUCAAGAAAGCGCAAACAUAUUUACAGGCCGCCUUAGAAACAGGUGAUGAUUUUGUUAAAGAAAAGUUGAAGUUGAACCAGCAAGAAUUCAAUAUGGUGCUAAAUGAAUAUGAUAAUAUUGAAAUAUUAACACAAAUAGUUUUGACAAACUGCAAGGACACAGAAGAAAUCUGUAUUAAAGGAUGUACAAGAAAUGUUAUUAAAGCCAGGGAUCUCAUUAAAACUAUGGCGCAUAAAUUUUCAUUCAGUGAAACUACCUUUAAUCUUGAUGUACGAGGAGAUGACUUGGUGGAAACAUCCCGUAAAAUGAAUUCGGACUUGAGAAUUACAGAUAACAAUAAUUCUGUGACUUCAAUUCUUCAUCAAUCUUCAGAUAGUUUGAGUGCUCGUGGUGGAGACCCUUCUAGCUCUGAGGUUGAGGAAAAUUUAGAAACGGACAGUACAUGUGCUUUUGUUCCUUAUAGUUAUCCUGACCCAUUGACACAGAGUAACUCGAGCUCUAGUAGUCUGGAAACGGAAUCCGAACGUAUACUCUCUGACCCUGAAAAUUCCACUCAAAUAGAAAAGGCACUAAAAUUAGGAUAUUCUGAAUAUCAGAUUGUAGCAGUGUUAAAGAAACUUGGCGUGACUGCUGCUAAUGUAGAUCCAAACACUCUGUUGACUGAAUUAAUCAAACAAGGUGCUCUGAGUCCGGAUGUCAGUGGAAGUGAAUUUUUGUUGAAGUCUAAUAAUGACAAUAGUUCUGGCGGAGGGGAUUUGAUAAAUAAUUCCAAGAUUGAUACAUGCGAUGCUGAUGAUGUGGAUAAUUUACGACAUAUUGUUGUAGAUGGAAGUAAUGUAGCUAUGAGUCAUGGUAAUAAAGAGGUGUUUUCUUGUCGAGGUAUUCAACUGGCAGUAGAGUAUUUUAGAGCGAGGGGUCACAAAAAGAUUACAGUCUUUGUUCCACAAUGGCGGAAAGAGUCUUCGAGACCUGAUGCUCAAAUUAAAGAUCAGGAAAUAAUGAAGCAGUUAGAAAAAGAGAGAGUUUUAGUGUUUACACCAUCGAGACGAGUAGCUGGAAGACGAAUUGUAUGUUAUGAUGAUAGAUAUAUUCUCGAUGUAGCCCAUUCUAAUAAUGGCAUUGUAGUUUCUAAUGAUAAUUAUCGCGAUUUAUAUAAUGAGAAACCUCAGUAUAAAAAAGUGGCAGAGGAGCAGCUUCUACAAUAUGUCUUCGUGGAUGAUCAAUUUAUGCCACCAGAAGAUCCGUUGGGUAAACAUGGACCUACUUUAGACAACUUUCUAAGAAUUACACCAAUUGUGAGUGAACCUUCUCAACCCUGUCCUUAUGGCAAAAAGUGUACUUAUGGCAACAAAUGUCGCUUUUCACAUCCAGAAAGAGGAAAUCGGCCACAUAGAUCUGUGACAGAGCUGCUGUCGGAACAAAGUAGUCAGAAACUGAAAGAUAGAGCUGUUAAAAUGGAAGAGAAGAAAAAGAAGGAAAUUAUACGAAAGAAACAGAGUUUAAGGAGAACACAGUCUAUGUUUCCAGAAGAACAUGCCAGUAUUGAAAGGAAAGUCUCAUUACCAAAUCCAGGAAUUGAGGAGAAUCAAACAUAUACACAGCCAGGUUCUAUUGCGGCAGAAACUAAUAUCAAUCAUAUACUUAAUUACCAUCGUGGAAUGUUAGAAAGUGCGGAACGUAAAUCGAGGGAUGCAAGUCCUGUACCUAAAGUAGCUGUUCAACCAGCACCACCACAAACUUAUAAUGACAAUAUUUGUAUUGGGAGUGAGGGUGGUUAUGUACGUGAGUUAGAAUCGGUAACAGCCACCUUACCACCUCCAACGUUAACACAGGCCAAUAAUAAUAACACUGAACAACCUCUACCUGAUCAUCUUAUACUGGCUAAAAAACUGUCGGAUGACGCACAAGACAGACCAACAAAAUUUUUUGAUUCUCCAGUAUCAAGCACUCAAUGGCCGAGAAAUACUGAAGAUCAUUCAAGACUUAGCCAAGAACAAAUACACAUUUCUCAAUAUGGCUAUCCUGGAUCAGGCAUGCCACCGAGUGAGUUUGGCACAUGUUACUCCGGCCCUGCCUCAGUAAUGAGACAAGAUCCGGUGAUGAGUAAUUAUGAAGAUCAGUGCAAAAGUUAUCCUUUUAGUCAUUUGGCCAACCGAUGGACAGGUAACCAGUUGACUCAAGCCGAACAUCUAGCCCUGACUAUGAAACACAGUUGUCCUGAACAUGUACAGCAACCAGCAGCAGCAGGACAAGGUGCUGGUAAUAUCAUGAUGCGACAAAACAGUACAUCAGAUCCACAGCUGAGCAGUAGAGGGAAAGGAGACAGUUUAUCAAGUCGUGGUGCUUCAAGUAUGAUGUAUAGAACGCAUGGUAGUAACCCACCAGUAUCUAUAAACCGUUCUACAUCAAUACAUGGUUCAUCAUUACCACAACAACAUGUUCAGUUUAACAGACAAACCAGUGAACUACCCUACUCAUUAAACCAAUAUUAUACACCAACCCAAUAUACACAACAACACCCAGCCCAAUAUACGCAGCAACAACAGCACCUGGCCCAAUAUACACAACAGCAACAACAGCACCCACCUCAAUAUACACAGCAACAUCAGCACCCAGGCCAAUAUACACAGCAACACCCGAACCCAGGCCAGUAUACACAGCAACAACAGCACCCAGGCCAAUAUACACAGCAACACCAGCACCCAGGCCAGUAUACACAACAACAACAGCACCCAGGCCAGUAUACACAUGCAGAAUGGUCCUCAAUUCCUUAUAAUUGUAUAAAUUCUCCUGUACCAAUGGGACAAAUGCAGCCUGUUUGGUCACCAAAUCAAGUAAUGCCUCAACAACAACUGAUUCCACAGUACGUUGGCAGCUAUCAAGCAUCUCUGCAACCUCCCAAUCAGCCAUCAAAUCCCAUACCUGCCACUGCAGAUAUUAAACCUACUGAUUCAAGAUAUUCAAUAUUCUAUCAUCUACAAAGUUUAUUUGAUGAGAAAAAGGUAAAGGCAGCUAUGAAUGCACAUCCCAAUGAAACCAAUCCAAAUGUGUUAGUCAAAUACAUAGUUGACCUUCAGUAAGGCCAGGUUCCCACUGUCGUGCGAUGUGUUACGAUAGGAUUGUCCACGAUCUGUUAUUUUAGGAUAUGUUUCGAUAUGAUCAACAUGACUGCUGCGACUUACCUCAGUAUAUGAUAAGAUCUGAUAGGAUCACCACGAUUAAAACCACGAUUUCAAUUGUAGUACGAAUCGUGAUAGUGGAAACCUAGCAUUCAAUAACUUUAUACAGUGUACAUGUAGUUAGUUAUUUAACGCCUGUCGACCAAGUAAAUUUCUCAGCUGGUCAAUAUCAUUGUAAUUCAUUAGUUAUACAGACAGGUGAUAUACCUGUAGAAGUACCUGAAGAGUCCAGGGGAAGAACGAUCUAAGUCACAUUUUUGUCUUUUCGCAUAAAAGGCAAAACAGACUUUUGGACGAGAAUGCUUGACGCGAACAGAACAAGUGGGUUUAAUUACAACUUCAAAAUGAUGUUUAAUACGAAUCAUAAUAUAAUUACCAGUACAACAACUGACUUGCACUUUUCAGCCAAAUUAGGGUCAAAUAAAUACGAUUGACUUGUAUUUGUCCAGGAGGCCAUUUCAGAAUGGCCUUGGUUCGAUGUGACUCCAAUCGUUGUUACCUGAAAUCGAUUGUUCCAAAAAAAGCUUAUACAAUUUGCGACCAGAUGGCACCAUUAACUGGGGUUUGUUAAAAAGUGACUUAGAUCAUUCUUCCCUAGGGCUCUUCACCUGUUUACAACAGGUGUUAACUUCUCUUUUAUCAUAACCUAUUAAAGCAUUAUGUGAUUUGUAAAAAAACAAACUAUAGAAGCAUGAAGCUAUGAUUUACAUUCUUAAUUGUGGCAAAUGAAUAUUAGCUUUAUUUUAUUAAGUAAAAUAGUGAUUUAUUUUAAAAUUUUAAUUUAGAAUUGAGAGAAUUAUUUUGAGUGAAAUGCAGUGUAUAGAUUGUACACUAGAUUAGGUAUUUUGUUAUAAAAUUUUGUUUAUAAUUUUACUGACAUAUCAUUCAACAGGAUGUUGUCAGUAAUAUUAUCAAGAGAUGCUUUUAAAAUUUCGAUUAAUUUGGUAAGAUGACAUUAUGCAUGAGUUAUUGGAAUUUUACUACUGUGUAGAUUACAAAACAUUAUGUAUUUAAAGGACAGUAUUGGUGUCAGUUAUUAUCACAUAUGUGAUAGAACUGGUUUAGAUGCGUAAUCAAAGUUUCAACAAACGGAAAUGACGAACGCAAAAGGAAAACACAAGUUAUCCUUCUAUAUAACUGACUGAAGUGACGAGUGAUAACAGAUACACAAGCGAAUUUCUGCUCACUAAUAAAACAAGUGAAUGCACAGACUAUUUCUAUUUUUCUUGUGUUCUCUUAUCUAGUGACAUUCAAUUACUUUUUGAAUUGUCAGAUAUCCUCCCACAGUCUAACAUAACAACUUUUGGUCUUCGAAGGAAUGGUUAGUGAGCAGAAAUUCGCUUGUGUAUCUGUUAUCACUCGUCACUUCAGUCAGUUAUAUAGAAGGAUAACUCUUGUUUUCCUUUUGUGUUCGUCACUUCUUUUGUAGAAACUUUGAUUACGCAUCUAUCGUAGUAAUGGUCUCUGUGUUAAAAUUAUAUUUGGAACGUGUUUAAUGAUUUCUAUCACAUAUGUGAUAAUGACUGACACCAAUGUUGUCCUUUAAUCUGAAGUUGUUGAAUAGGAGUAAGAGUAGUAGAUCUGUGUAGCUGCUGGAUCAAACGAUGAUGCCGGUGGAAAGAGUCGACAUUAACAGAUAUUUAAAAAUCAUUUUUAAAUAUCUAAGUUGUUGAAUAUGUACAUAUAUUAUAAUAUUAAGUGCAGGGGGACUGCACCACACACAAUCAAUUAAGAACUAAGUUGAAAGGGAUCACUGUGUUUGGACCUUUCCCACUAUUCCUUGUGGUAAUGACGUGUGUUAACUGAUCUAAUUAAUCAACGACACACGUACAUUGACCGUUGACUUGAUGUUUUGUCAUCAGUACGGUGACGUUUAUCAGUACCUCGAUUUGAGGCCAUAUUGUUUUUGUUUACAUAAGGAGUGUAUAUAACAUGAUAUUUUUGUAUACUAAAUCACCCAGUAACAGGUAUCAUAUAUUUAUAUAAAUAUACCUAAAGUUUUUAAAUUCUGUACAAAUUAUAAUUUUGUAAUGCAUGGGAUGUAAAUUAACAAUAUCGAUCCUAGAGAUAAGUUCACUCUUUAUCUCUGGUAAAACUCGCCAGCCAUACAUCGGCAAUUUUGAAUGUCAUGUGAUGUAUCCUUCCGCCCAAGAUGGCGACUCAGUCUUGCGUUUCUUCAGAAAUUUUAUGUAUUUGGCUGAAUCACUCAGAUUGUGCACUAAAAAUAGUUCCCGUAAGUCAUGCAAUGAAUCAAUUCCUAGAAAUCGGCAGCAUUUCAUUCUAACAAAUCCUGCCAACCACUGGAGGCGGAGCUUAGGAACUGAUUUCAUGCUGAUUAAUGGCUGGCGAGGGUAAAGUUUUCUCUGGAAUCAAGAUUGGUAAAUUGAUUGAACUUUGUUUUAAACAGUUGGUUGACAGUAACAAGCUGGAAAAUAGCCAAUUGUUGAACAUUUGGAGUACAGUGGUGUAAAUUGUGUUUUUGACCAACACUGGUUUAUAGGAUAUUUAUUUGUGUUAAAUGGAUUCCAUAGAAUGACGUUGAAAACAUUCUGUAUUUUUUUUCAUCAAAAUAUUCCUUUUAACUGUUUUGUAAAGAUUUGAAUUGUUUGCAAGAAUUUGUAUUCAAAUUCAAAAUUAGACACAUCAAUUGAUAUGAAAAACUAUAACAUGUUGUAAUGAGACAUGUAUAGUUUAGUCAAGGCCUUGAUUGAUCUCUGGUUAAGCCAGAUUUUGAAAAUUGUUUGUUUGCUGUAAAUUAGACCAUUUGACAAAUUACUCUAAUUAUUGCCUUAAUCAAGCUGAUUAAAACACUACACUAGGAUCUGGAAGAGUUUUUAUAAAACCAGCAUUCUGGAUGAUGUGAGAGAUUAGCCAAUGAAACGAGUUCUUGGGUCAUAGGGUCAAAAGCCGCUUGCAUGACCACUGAUGUGAUCUUUCACUAUAACUGGUUAGAUCUUCAUGUAGUGUGAGCCAGAAGUAAACUUUUAAGUAACAUGUAUUCCAUAUAAUUGUGUCAUGUGUUACUUUGAUUUAUAGCAAUGGAUCAAGCACAAUGCUAUAGUGGAACACACUGUUGGUUAUAUCUUACCCUGGGCUUUCCUGGGCUUUAUCAACUAUAGAAAUAAUAAAACUUUACCUCUCCAAGUACACAUUGUUAUCCCUGAAAAUAAUAAAAUGAACACAAUGAAUUCAACAAUUUUAUUAUUGACCCAAUUCAAAUGGGGGGUUGGAUGGCCGAAUGGUUAGCAUGUGCGUGCUGUAUCAUAAGACCUGUCAUUGAGGCAACUGGUGUGGUUUCGAAUCCCCGGUUGUACGUGACAAGAAGUAGAGUCAUCCGGUUUUCUCCCACUGCUAAAGACCCCUACGCACAAGCGAAUUAUUGAAAUAGAAUUAAACCAUAUGUUAGUCCCGAAAUGACCUAGUCGAGUGGAUGUUAAACCCCAUUUCUCUCUCUCUCCCAAUUCAAAUAGGACAAGCCAUUCUAAGUUACCAAUCCAUGACUAAUUGAGUAAUUUAUCCUAGUUUUUUUUCCUUCUGUGAUUCACGUCUUCAUUAGCCCAGUAUGGGAGCAGAACAGUAGGACAUUAAACCCCAUUUCAUUUCUUCUGUGAUUCUCAGUUGAAAUUUGAAGGUCUUUGUAUCAUAUUGUUUUUAGAGAUGAAUCAGUAGUCCUGAUUACUGCAAACACAGAAUUUUUAAAAGUCUGGCCAAGUGUAUAUAUAAUAUAUAUAUAAUUUAAAAGAUUAUAUAAUAUUAUAACUGUAUCAUACUAUGUAUGCUUAUUGUGUAAAUAUUGCUUUAACAUGUUUAAUGUUUAGUUAGUUUUAAUAUAUUAAUCCUGUGUGAAUAGUUUGAACAUGAAUAUACUGAUAGUCUAAUUUACUUAUUAACAUUAAUCAAAUAUUAAACAUACAUUAUGGGAGAUUAGAUAAAGAACUGGCAGUUCUCACUAUAAGAGUUAAAAACUAGAUAAUGUAAUGGGAAUUUGCUGAAAAUUUCAGUCAAAUUGAUCUCUUCUGAAUCGAGUAUUUAGCGUUUGAACUUGGGGCCUAGCCUCGAUCAUCAGAUCAUCAUUAUUAAAGUCGGUACGAUAAAAAACAUAGUCUCGAUUAUCUAUUUUUUUAUUUAAUCAGAAGCAGCAGACCGGGUUCUAAUCCAGUAAAUAUCGCAGAGUAGCGAUGCCAUCGAGAGUUGGUUAUGGUCUGGAUAAGUUAAUUAAUGUCUAAUUAAUAAUUUAGAUAACAUUUCAGGCCCAAAGGAAGACCAGCAAUAUUCAGAUUUAUCUCUUGCAUAAUGUAUAUUUAAGUAAAUAAUAAUUGGUUGUCAUUAAGAUAUAUACCUAAGCUAUAUUUAUAACCUAGUACAUCCGGAUGGUUUUAUUUUAUAUUUAUAAGCUAAUGGUACUUGGAAAUUCUUUCCUACUUUCCUAGAAUAUAAUAAUGUAUUAUGAAUGUAUAUAAACUGAUUUGCAUUCAAUCGUUUAAUCUCUAAUUUCAAAUCAGUUAUGUUCCGCGAAAUACGCCAGAAGUACAUGAACCUUUCUUUGUAUUCAUUGAAGCCAGUAAAUAGUUGUGUUUACAAUAUAACAUUCUUCACAACUGCACAAUAUAUCCACUUGUAUUUCUACACUUAUUAUUAUUGUUUGUUAGAAAGAUCCUGUUUAAGGUAUUUUAUGGGUUAUCUCAACAAGGAUGUGAUUUUGUCACAACCCAGUAAUAGGGUUUGCUCUUAUUACUUUAAAUAUAAAUCUUACUACUUUUUUUUGUUAAUUGAAACAGUUGUUUUGAUCAGUGCUACUGACUAGAAGAUCUCUUAGAAAAUUAUUCUUUUGUAUUAUACAAACUAAUACAGUAACAUCAUCUUUCAAAGAUUUUGGAUCAAGGAUUCAAGAUACACAACAAAUUUCUAGUUUUUAUGAAAAGUUAUAAGGAUCAAAUAAAUAAAUAAAUAAUCUGGAUGAAAUUGAUUUAAUAUAUUCAAGUAACUUUUGAUAAUAAUAUAGUCAGUUUAUUUAACCUUUAUUUAAAAACACAAUUAAAUUUUUGAUUUAAUAUUUUGAUGUGGGGCCUAACUUUUGGUAAUAAUGUUUGUUUAUUUAUCUAUAUUUAAAAACACACUUAAAUUUUUGUAGAUUUACUGUAAUAGAAAGAAUAUUGCAAGAAUGUGUAAUUUAAAAUGUACUUUCUAGAUUCACUUAUAUGAAGUAUAAAUGAUUGAUAUUAUAUA